AAGGCUUGUGCUCCGUCACGUGGUGGUCUGCGGUCACAGUUUGGAGCAUUGUUGCUUUCUAUAUAGUUUUCGUUGUCUAUUUCCUUAUAGCGGACUGAUCCAGUCACUCAUUUGCUAUAUAUCGUUUGUAUGCUUGAGCCCCGAUUCCUUCGUUAACGCUGUUUGAAGGUCUCAUAUUCAACCACAUUCAGGAUGGCGGAAGGUGCAGGAGCUAAAGAUCUGGCAUCGGGAAUGGGAGGAAACAUUAACAAAACAGAGAUGCUUUCUGCUGUUGAACAGUAUGAAAAGUAUCACAUGUACUAUGGUGGUGAUGAUGAGACAAGAAAAGCUAAUUACACAGACAUGGUGAAUAAAUACUAUGACCUUUCAACUAGUUUCUAUGAGUUUGGAUGGGGGGAAUCUUUUCAUUUUGCAAACAGAUGGAAGGGGGAAUCUCUUAGAGAAAGUAUCAAGCGCCAUGAGCAUUUUCUUGCUCUCCAGCUUUGUUUAAAGCCUGGAAUGAAGGUAUUAGAUGUUGGAUGUGGAAUUGGAGGGCCAUUGAGAGAAAUUUCUAGGUUUAGCUGCAGUUCGGUAACAGGCCUGAACAAUAAUGCUUACCAAAUAGCAAGAGGAACAGAAUUGAACAGGCUUUGUGGAUUGGAAAAAACCUGUGGUUUGGUAAAGGGAGAUUUCAUGAAGAUGCCUUUUGCAAAUGAUUCUUUUGAUGCAAUAUAUGCGAUUGAGGCUACUUGUCAUGCCCCAGAUGCGGUUGGCUGCUAUAAAGAGAUAAAAAGAGUACUUAAGCCUGGCCAGCUAUUUGCAGCAUAUGAGUGGUGUAUGACUGGCUCUUUCGAUCCAAAGAAUGAAGAGCACCAGAAGAUUAAGGCAGAGAUUGAACUUGGGGAUGGGCUUCCUGACAUCCGCACCACAAGUCAAUGUCUAGAAGCUCUAAAAUAUGCUGGAUUUGAGGUUCUAUUUGAAGAAGACCUGGCACUCUCAUCGCCAGUGCCAUGGUAUUUACCAUUAGAUACAAGUCAUUUUUCUCUCAGUAGUUUUCGUCUAACAUCCCUUGGUCGCUUUCUGACAAGAAAUAUGGUCAAAAUAUUUGAACUUUUGAGAAUAGCACCAGAAGGAAGCCAAAGAGUAUCUGCAUUUCUGGAGAAAGCUGCAGAAGGCCUUGUCAAUGGGGGCAGGAAAGAGAUUUUCACACCUAUGUAUUUCUUCUUAGCCCGGAAACCCUUAAGUGAGAACUAGUGUUGAAAACCACCACCAUGGUUUCUUUCUACAGAAGAUCUUCACAUUUACUUGAGCAUAUUUCUCUUUCUAAAUACUUUGUAAAGUUAUUUGUUUGGAGAGCAAUGAGCAUACAAUCAUAAACAUCACACUAUAAGCAUUUUUAUUAAGAAAUUUGAAGGCAAUUAGAGAAAGAAGAUUGAAACUAUGUUGUGAAUCACAUUUCUCAAGGUCGCGAUGGACCUUGCCAUCAUUGUCUCUACCUCAAAAUAGUAGCAAGAGAAACAAUCUUCACUGAUAUAUGAAUGCAUGCGUUUUUUUGGCUGAAUGAUAA